UAAAUUAAAAAAAAUCUAAAUAAAUAAAAUGAUCUCAUAUCUUGUUUAGAAACAGAUAUAUUAAUUUAAAAUCCAGGAGGAGCCGCAGGAUGAGCUCAGAGCAUGGCCAGCAGCCGCAGCCGGGGGGCCGAAGGGGCCUUGGUGAUAAGAAGUCCAGAAGGCGAGGCAGGCGCAAGGAAACCUACUCAGUGUAUAUCUACAAGGUGCUGAAGCAGGUGCACCCAGACAUUGGCAUCUCUUCCAAGGCCAUGAGCAUCAUGAACUCGUUUGUGAAUGAUGUGUUCGAACGUCUGGCUGGCGAGGCUGCCUGGCUGGCCCAGUACUCGGGCCGAACCACACUGACCUCCCGGGAAGUCCAGACGGCCGUGCGCCUGCUGCUGCCCGGGGAGCUGGCCAAGCACGCUGUGUCUGAGGGCACCAAGGCCGUCACCAAGUACACCAGCUCCAAGUGACCCGGGGCUGAGCGUUUAAUAAAGAGUGAACUGCUUCCGUGAAAAAAAAAAAAAAAAUCCAGGAGACCAUGAAGGUUAAAUGUUAACAGUAGUUACUUCAGAUAGUAUUUUUAUAGGUAAUAUGUUUCGUUUUUCUUCAUUUUAUGUUUUGUUUGUUUGUUUUACAAAUAAUUUAUUAGCUAAUCAAAGGUGAAAAUAUAGUAGUUAUUUUGGAAGGGUGUUUUUUUCUUUAAAUGUUGAAUAUUAAACAAAGUAAAAUAAAAUAAAUGUUGAAUAUUUUGGGGUCCCUGU